AUGGUUUCGGUGAUGCUGUUAUUAUUCGCGGUAUUAGUAUUCUUCGGAGAAGAAGGUGUACAAUCUGCUGCAGUUUCAAAACGAGAAAUCGAUCGAUCCCUUCGUCGCUUAUUUAUCAAUCGUGGUACUGAUAUUGUUGAUGAUAAUAACGAUGUUAUUGGCGUUGUCGGUGGCGUUCUUGAUGAUAAAAAUGAUGAAGGGGUUGAAAAAUGUGCUGAAGCCGGAACACCUUGUGGCCGUCGUCACAAUGGUCGAUUUGUUUCUCUUGCCGACUGUUGUAAUACGUGUGUUCGUGUUAAUAACAAAUAUCGAUGUAGUUAA